AUGGGAUCUAGUCAGAGUAGUAGGACCAGCUCAGCAUGGUGCUGAAUGGGCAGAAACGAGGAUGAUAAAAUUAAGCAUAAUCUCGAAGAAAUAGAGGAAUUCCCUUCAGAUGAUGGAAAGGAUUAUGAGUCAAUGAGCGAAGCUAGAAGGAAAAUGAACAAAAUAAAGAAAAAUAAUGAAGUAGAUGUCAGAAUUUAAAUACUCGAAAAUAAAUGCAUGAUCUCACUAAUUCAAUACACUUUCCAAGCAUUGGUGUGUUAAGAAUAAUGAUAUUUCAUGUAAAAUCAUCUAUGUAUGCUCUUAGAUGUUCUCGAACCCAAGAUAUUUUC